CCCCUUUACUUCUUACUGGAUGAAAUGGGGUCUCUGUCAGUAGGUGAGGAGAAGCCCUCUCUGAGUCCUGAUGGGGAGUGAGACUUGGCAUCUCAGCUCUUUUCUGGUCACUCUGGCUGGUGUUUCAUGGCAGGGCCAGGAAUUCACGCUUAUAAACAGGACAAUUUCCAUCAACUGUGUUCCUAUGGCCUCACUGGGUCAUUCUUGUUUUCCUGCAGAUCUCAGUCCUGAUGCGACCUGGUCAAUACCCUCUGGGCUGCAGAGCAGGGUGCUUCCUGUUUGUCCCCUCAAAGCCUGCACUGCUCCUCUCCCUUCCUCCACUCUUGAGCUAUAAUUAAGUUCCUGAGUGAAACCAUAUCCCUCAGCUGACACACGCAUGUAACCACAGCCCUGGUCAUUGGGCCGCUCCACUGGGGUGACUCUGGGGUCUGGUGUCACAGCCUCCAGACAGUCUUGGGUAGGUCUGAGUAGGUGGUGGAGACUCACUGGGAAAGGCGUUGCCCAAGAGUCAGAAAUUGGGAAGUCAUGGGGAAGAUGAAGGACCAGGGAGCAGCCAGAGGGCCAGCUCACAGAGGUGGAGGGGAAGGACGCAGCCUUGCGGGCAGGAGGGCACCGACAGGGACAAGAUUCUGGAUCCUCGAACCACGAGGCAGAAUGUUGACAGGAACUGCCCUGUAGAGGUCCAUCUGCGUUCAGACCCAGAUGAUGCCAGAGCUAUGACCGGGCCUGCAGGCGUGGCGCCGAGGGGAAAUCAGCCAUGGAGCAGCCACCGGAGGAAGCCCCUGAGGUCCGGGAAGAGGAGGAGAAAAAGGAAGUGGCAGAGGCAGAAGGAGCCCCAGAGCUCAAUGGGGGACCAGAGCACUCACUCCCUUCCAGCAGCUGCACAGACCUCUCCCGGAGCUGCUCCCCCCCCUCACUGCUGGACCAGCUGCAGAUGGGCUGUGACGAGGCCUCGUGUGGCAGCCUCAACAUGGAGUGCCGCGUGUGCGGGGACAAGGCAUCAGGCUUCCACUACGGUGUGCACGCAUGCGAGGGGUGCAAGGGCUUCUUCCGUCGGACGAUCCGCAUGAAGCUGGAAUACGAGAAGUGUGAGCGGAUCUGCAAGAUCCAGAAGAAGAACCGCAACAAGUGCCAGUACUGCCGCUUCCAGAAAUGCCUGGCGUUGGGCAUGUCACACAACGCCAUCCGCUUUGGCCGGAUGCCAGAGGCUGAGAAGAGGAAGCUGGUGGCAGGGCUGACGGCGAAUGAGGGGAGUCAGCACAACUCCCAGGUGGCUGACCUGAAGGCCUUCUCCAAGCACAUCUACAAUGCCUACCUGAAAAACUUCAACAUGACCAAAAAGAAGGCCCGCGGCAUCCUCACCGGCAAGGCCAGCCACACGGCGCCCUUUGUGAUCCACGACAUCGAGACAUUGUGGCAGGCGGAGAAGGGCCUGGUAUGGAAGCAGCUGGUGAAUGGUCUGCCCCCCUACAAGGAGAUCAGCGUGCAUGUCUUCUACCGCUGCCAGUGUACCACGGUGGAGACCGUGCGUGAGCUCACAGAGUUCGCCAAGAGCAUCCCCAGCUUCAGCAACCUCUUCCUCAACGACCAGGUGACCCUGCUCAAGUAUGGUGUGCAUGAGGCCAUCUUCGCCAUGCUGGCCUCUAUUGUCAAUAAGGACGGGCUGCUGGUGGCCAACGGCACUGGCUUUGUCACCCGUGAGUUCCUGCGCAGCCUCCGAAAGCCCUUCAGUGACAUCAUCGAGCCCAAGUUCGAAUUUGCUGUCAAGUUCAAUGCCCUGGAACUUGAUGACAGUGACCUGGCUCUCUUCAUCGCGGCCAUCAUUCUGUGUGGAGACCGGCCAGGCCUCAUGAACGUGUCACAGGUGGAGGCCAUCCAGGACACCAUCCUGCGUGCCCUCGAGUUCCACCUGCAGGCCAACCACCCCGACGCACAGUACCUCUUCCCCAAGCUGCUGCAGAAGAUGGCUGACCUGCGGCAGCUGGUCACCGAGCAUGCUCAGAUGAUGCAGCGGAUCAAGAAGACCGAGACAGAGACCUCGCUGCACCCCCUGCUCCAGGAGAUCUACAAGGACAUGUACUGAGGGGCAGCAGGCCUGGGAGGGCCGAGCACCGGGGCAGGCGCCGCCCACGGGACUUCUCCUUGACCAGCCCUUGAGCACUCGGCGUGGCGCCCCAGCUGCGGGAUCACAUACGCGGCUGCCUGGACACACGGCCCCUCGCUCCCUGUAUCCCCUGCCUCCCUCUCCCUUCCUUGUCUCCCUCCUCAGCCCUUCUUUCUUCUCUCAUUUCUUUGCUCUGUCUCCUGUUUCCUCUCUGUAAGUCUCACUCUUCUUUCCAUCUCUGUCCCUCUUUCUCUUCCUGUGAGACAGUUUGUGUUAUUUCACCAGCAGCAUAGAACAGGACCUCUGCUUUUGCCCCCGGGGCCCCAGAGCAGAAAGGGAAAGGCCUGCCCUCUGCACCCACGGUCACCUUCGAGGGGCAGGGCCUCACUUCUGUCUGCACAGCAAAGGACUCUGCCAUCCAAACAAAGAAACACUAAGUUCUCUGGGCCUGGCUUCCUGGGGAAGCCAAGCAGGGCCUGGGCUGACUGCAGUGGGUCACUGGGUCCCUGGGGGAGGACACCUCACCCAGACUGUCCCCACCCUCCUGAGGCUGAGGCUGGUACCGAUUCAGUGGACCCCUGCUCCCGCAGCAUGCCUCAGCCUCACUGAUACCCACCGCCCUUCCAUUCUUUUCACUGGUCUUCCAGGCCACUGUCGCUGAUGGCCCCCUGUGCUGGCCGCUGGGGGAUGCCCCCCUGCCAGCCUGGAUAGAGGUGGGGUUCCCUCCAGGUAGGAACACACCCCCCCCAACGCAAUUGAAGAGGAGCAGCUCCCUCAAGGGAGGUGGACUUUGGUAGGGAAGGCAGCAAAUGGUAAACUUGAUUCUGACCCCAGGCCUUGGGGUGGCUUCCCCGUCAGCACCCCACUCUCCACUCCUCUGCAGCAGCCACCGAGUCCUGCCCAUGUUGUGUCAGCACUGCAACUCCCACCCCUCUGCCCAGUGCUAGGGCCUGGCCUCAAAUGCACUCUUUUCUCUGGCCGGGAGACACUGACACUGGCUCCAGCCCAGCCGAAGCCCUCGCCCCCCACACACUCCCUGGAGCCCCUCCAGCACACACCACGAGCACUGAGAUCACUUUACCUGUAAGUCCCACACCCCCCACUCUCCCCUCUGAGAGACAGGUGAGUGCCCAGAGGGGCUACAGGUGGACCGGCAGAGCUGCGCCCUUAUUCCCGGGGCUGGGCCAGAUCCCUUGGUGGGCAGAGGAGUCCUGCUGACCCAGCCCAGCACCUGUUCACAGUGGAGGCGCCUGGGAUAAACUUACCCAGCGUGUUAUGACAUCCAUCUGUCCCAGCAGCUCUGCUGCCCUUCCUUUUCCUUGUAUUUGGCCCAGCUGGUCACCUGGAACUCUCCCUGCAGCACCUCCAGUGAUCAGGGACCUUACUGGGCCCAGUGCCUCUCCUGGGCCCUGUCCCUCCCAUCCCCCUUCUACCCGGGGAAGUGCACUAGCCUCAGAGUUAGAGCUGGAUCACAGCUUGGAGCCCCUUCUGAGCAAGGGAGCAGAGAGCCCCCCAGGCUGCUUUCCCAGGGAGGAAGCGGGCCUGGGGGGGUGAGGGGCUGGCUGAGGUCACAGAGAAAGGUGGCAGGAGGCUUGGGGUUAGAACCCAGGCUUUCUGGUUCCUGUCUGCUCUUCCUUCCCAAGGAGCCUUUCCAUGCCCCAGGAUCCCUCUCUGCUGGCAAGAUUCUUCCCUCUCCACUCCCAUCCUCGGCUGACCAGGGAUUUGGGUUGGGGCACUCCUUUUGGGCCAGCGCUGUGAAGGGAGAGGCACUGAGCGCCCCCCCCCAUCCUCAUCCCCCGCCCAGGUCUGGUACUGAGGAUGCAGCUCUUCUCAGUAUCUAAACAAUCUCCAAAAUUGAAAUGUAUAUUUUUGCUAGGAGCCCCAGCUUCCUGUGUUUUUAAUAUAAAUAGUGUACACAGACUGAUGGAACUUUAAAUAAAUGGGAAUUAAAUAUUUAA